AUGUCGCUUACAUUACUGAUUGGAUCUCUGUUUGCUUUUGCGUACUCAUUGAUCGUAAUUAAUAGAUACUUUUCGUUCAAGUUGCAUAAAAACACUUUUCCUUUAACUCUAUGCAUUAUUUCUUUCAAUAUGAUCAUUCUGUUGUCAACGACCUACCUGUUACCUUUGGACUUGUUCUUUGCGGCACAUUUAAAUGAUGGAGAAGGUAACCACAAUGGAACUAUGCCUUCCAUCAAUGGUACGUUGGUUAAUGAGGAAAAGAUUGUUUCCUUUGUUGAACACUUGAGUUUGAAUUUGUUAGAAGUGGACUAUUCAGAAAAGAGAUUACGAGCCGUGUGGCUAUCCAUUUAUUGGUCAGAAUUUAUCAUUUGUUGGUUGAUAAUUCCUGUUUUAAUCUCAUACGUAUCAUUUAAAUAUGCAGUACCAUUGGGUGAUUUUAGAGGCAGACUAAUAAAAGCUAUACUUCAGAAUUUGAAAUUUUAUUCGAUAUCGUUAGCAGUCAUUAUGGCUGGUGGUGUUUAUUUAGUUGCCAGUACUGGACACAACCUUUUUGAUUUUAAACCUCUUUUAAUCUCCCUAGCACAUAUAUAUUCGUUGAGCUAUGCUUUGAUACUACUAAGUACUGGAUUGAUAUUACUACCAAAAGAUUUACUACAACAAGGUAAUUUACCAACAGAGUCUUCAAACAACAAGUUAUUUGUGGAAUUGAGUAAAACAAAUGAUGAUUUAAAUGGCUGUGAAUUUUCAAUGAUGGAAAAUGCAAAUUCAAUCUUAAAUACAGAAGAACUUCAGAAUGGUGACAUCACAGUCAAUGAACUUUUACGCUCAUGUAAAUUGGAAGUAAACUCUUUGCUUACAGGAUUAAGAUUGAAUAACGAAAAUAGACCAUUUAGGAAUCCAAGUGAUUUAUCAACCGUUGCGAUCAUAACGGUUGAUAAAUUGAAUUCUACUUAUAACAAAUUUAUUACUCACUAUUACAAUUAUUUAUACAGCCAAACACAUUCAAAUAGUAUUAUACACAAAUUAGCUCAUGUGGAAUCACCAUAUUAUUCAAAUAUCAAAAGAAUUGUUCUAGUAGUGAUCGGUGUUAUAUGUACAAUUGCAUCAUUAGUUGUCUUUUUUAUGGAAAUUUUACCAACAAAAUGGGCCCAUGGCUGGAUAUUCACUAAGACCCAUUGGUAUAAUUUUGGAUUACAAUUCCUAUUUCUAUCAUAUACAAUGCUGGUCUCAUUGUACGCAAUGAGUAAGUUCAAAUUCAGUAACUUUCAUUUAAUACCUAAUGGAAAUAGUAACCCGUCAAAUACCUUAUACUAUUCAUUAUACUCGAGCAGAUUGUUAUUUCCAAUUUGUUUUAAUCUGAUGACUUUGAUUCCAACGAAAAAUGAUGAUGAAAGACAUGUUAGCAGUUUUGAGUCCACGUUGUAUAAAGAUAUAUCAUUGAUUCCAGUAGUAAAUGUUCUGAAUAGGUAUGCACCAAUAUUAUUUUUAAUUAUUAUUCCUCUAAAUCAUCAUUUUAAUCUAAAAGAAAAAGUAUUAAUGAAGGUUCUGGGUGAAGAAUACUACUAUCAAUUUUUUGGAAUGAUGAUGUAUGAACCUGUAGAGGAUCCAAAUGUGAAUCAAGAAGGCGACCCAUUAGAGGAUGACAGCCUUAGAAGAAUAGAGGAAGACUAUGCAUACUCUCUUCAAGAUGGAAGACAUUUAUUCGAGAGAGCAUCUAGCAAUUAUUCAUUGACUGAGAGAACAUGA